AUGGAUCUAUUACCGGCUGCCACUCAUGUCCAAGACUACCGCCCACAACACGAGUGUUGGCGAAUCCAGAAUAUCCCCACCUCUUGGAGCGUAACCAAGCUCCUACGGAUGCUACAAAAGCAAGAUGAGUCCCUCGGUAACCUGGAAGAACAGUGCAUCUCCCUCUACCCGUCCUACACUCGUAGCUCACAAACGGCGUUGCUGAGCAUGAAGCCGUUGCCCCAGUACUUUCAAGAGCUGGAUCCUGACGAGUCACAUGUCCUCAUACUAGAGGAGAUACCUGAGGCGGGGAGCAGGCGGGAGGAUGUUUUCCUAAGUCUAGAUUGCCAUUUUCGUGGGCUAACUCCGCUGAAUGUGCCAAUUGGAGACAACCUAGUCGACAUUGUAGCAGUAACAGGCCUUGGCGGACAUGCCUUUGAGUCGUGGCAAAGCCGGCAGAGCGACCAGAUGUGGCUGAAAGACUUUCUCCCUUGCAGCAUCCCCGAGAACAUCCGUAUUCUGACGUACGGCUACAACUCCAGCCUUACCAAGCCGGGGAAACGUUCAAUGGUCGAUUACCGGCGGGGUUUUGUGCAGGUCCUGUCAAACGCGCGGUCAGCAGCGGAGGAACGCGCAAGACCUCUAAUUUUCAUAGGGCAUAGUCUAGGCUGCAUUCUGAUUGCGCAGGCACUACUUCAGGCGCAGAACAACCGCUCGGACAGCCAUAUUCUUGACAGCACACGUGUUGCAUUUCUCUUUGGCGCACCACAUGGAGGACAAAAGGUGGAUGACCUCGUCUCAAUGGUUAAAGACAUCACCUCGUCAUCGUCCUCUAGCCAGCAGUCCAGAAGACUUCGACUGCUCGAGCAUCUCCGCGAGGACUCCGAUUUCCUGGACGACCAGAGAGAAAGGUUGAUCUCUAUCUGGGAGAAGAUGAAGAUAAUCAGUUUUUAUGAAAAACGAGAUACCAAGACUGUUAAGAAGAAUGUGGCUGGGGAGUGGGAGAGGACGGGAGGGGCGGCGCGCUUAGUCCAGGGUUUCUCAUCAUUAUUGUACUUGAAGCAAGAGUCCCGGUACGCAAUCGAUGAAGACCAUAUCAAUAUGGUCAGGUUCGUGCUGCCCACGGAUAAGCACUAUGAGUGUGUGUCCAAGGUAAGAAUGAGCAGCCGCAGCAUCACAGGAAUGGCCUAA